UGGAAGUACAAUAUCAGGUUUUUUGAUUGGAUCGCAAUUAUAUGACCUCUUUUGUUUGCGACUUGAUCCAUUCACGCAGGACCUCAUCGCUUGUUUUGUUUGUCAUAUGUUUCUAUCUAAUUAAUGCCUGCGUUAAAAAAAAUCUACGGAACAACAUACACCAUCGACUAGUAUUUUAAAGCGAUUGUUGUGGAGGCUUGGUUGCAUCCCUCUACUCGAAGCUACCCGUCGUUGAAGAGCUGUCUGGUCAUACAGCGUGUGCUGGACCUGUGAAGUGAGAAUGGACCCGCGGAAAGUGCAUGAGUUGAAGGCCUUCGUGAAGUUGUGCGACGAAAAUCCCUCCAUAUUGCACCUUCCCGAGCUCGGAUUCCUCCGGGCCUGGUUGCAAGGAAUGGGAGCUACAAUUCCACAAGCCCCCCAAAAUGACUCUUCGUGCAAGGGUGGGUGUCCAUGUGCUGGAGCUCCUCCCCCUGCCUCUGCUCCUGAGCCCCAUGCCCCCUCUGAGAGUGAGGAGAGUGAACUAGAGAUCGACCAAGAUGGGGUGAUUGAGCCAGACACAGACGAACCUCAGGAGAUGGGAGACUUUGAAAAUCUGGAGGUGACAGAGGAAAUGAUGGACCAGGCCAACGAGAAGAAGAUGGAAGCAAUUGAAGCGUUAGGAGAAGGUGACUUGCAGAAAGCCCUGGACCUCUUCACUGAAGCCAUCAAACUCAAUCCACGGGUAGCUAUCAUGUAUGCCAAGAGGGCUAGCGUCUACAUCCGGAUGCAGAAACCCAAUGCAGCUAAGCGGGACUGCGACAGAGCCAUUGACAUCAACCCAGAUUCUGCACAGCCCUACAAGUGGAGGGGGAAAGCACACAAGUUGCUGGGGCACUGGGAGGAGGCAGCGAAGGACCUGGCCACUGCCUGCAAACUGGACUACGACGAGGACGCCAGCGCUAUGCUGAAAGAGGUCCAGCCCAAGGCUAACAAAAUCAUUGAGCACCGGCGCAAGUAUGAGCGUAAGAGGGAGGAGCGAGAGAUCAAGGACAGGAAGGAGAGGGUAAAGAAAGCGAGGGAAGAGCAUGAGAAAGCUCAGAGGGAGGAGGAGGCUAGACAAGCAGCAGGAGGAGGUGGCUUCCCAGGUUUCCCAGGUGCUGGCGGCUUCCCAGGGGGUGCUGGCGGCUUCCCAGGGGGUGCUGGCGGCUUCCCAGGGGGUGCUGGCGGCUUCCCAGGGGGGGCUGGCGGUUUCCCAGGGGGGGCUGGAGGCUCUCCUUUCGGCAUGCCUGGUCUAGGAGAGCUCUUUAACGACCCGGAGGUGCUCAACGCCAUGAAGGACCCUGAGGUGAUGGCAGCUUUCCAGGAUGUGGCUCAGAACCCAGCUAACAUCGCCAAGUACCAGGGUAACCCCAAGGUCAUGGCCCUCAUCACCAAGCUGAGCGCCAAGUUCGGGAGCCCUUCGCCCUAGAGGAGAGGAGGUGAAGGAAAAAAGAGGGGCGAUUUAAAAAGAGGGAAGCGGGAAGAAGAAUGAGUGGUGGGAGAGUAGCAAAUGGAUGUAGUCAGGUGUUGGGUGAGCUAAAAAGCUUAUUUGAGAUUAGUCCACUGUGUAUGGAUCAAAUGGGUAAUGUUGAUGGGUAAAGAGGAGACUAGAGGAAUGCAGCAAGUUUUACACUAGACAAGGGUUUGUGGAGGGGGGGUCAACAGUAACUCUUAUACUGUAUGUUCUUAAAUGGAGCCCACCUAUUUGGGGCUGUUAGCUCUUAGUGGUUACUCAAGCCAACUUAUGGACACUGAUGGGAGCACUACUGGUUAAUAAUGGGGAAUCAAAACAGCCCGUCAGAGCCUUUUCAUUCAGAAUUCCCAUUGACUCCUCUUCCCACCCACCCCAUCCAUUGUUGUUUUUUACCUGAAUCUGGAAUAGUCAAACAGGACUCAGACAUUAGACACCAGGUCAGAGGAACAUUUUAGAGACAUUAUUAUAUGGAGUUGUCAUCUUCUGUGUUCUCCACUGAGCCAACCAAAUCAAUGGCUAUUUGUUUUCUAUCAGGACUGGAUGUGGUAAAGCUAUUUCCCUCAGGUUUUCUGUUUUACUCACUUUCACUGUAACGUUCAUUUUUUUAAAUGUCUGACUCCUUCCAAAUGCAAAAAAAAACAAGUAAUAUUACUCUUUUGUUUGAUCUUGAAAUCGUAAGGGAAAUAUCAAUUCGAAUCAAUAAAUAUUUGGUUGCAAAA